GUAGGGUAAAAAAGAUCACAGAAACCUUUCCUGGCUGCGUCUGCUCGUUGCUGCACUCUGUUGCCCCGGGCUCGCUCGCUCCGAUUCAAGGUGAAAGUUAAAUACCGUCAUCUGGAAAUGGCUUUCGCAAUCUGCUGUGAUGUUCAGUCACAAAAACAAGUUCAGACAUGUGUCGGGGCCCCAUCUGGCCUCCAUCCAUGUCUGAUUCUGUGGAAGUGACACCAAACUGUGCAAUGAUGGAAGGAGACGGAGUUACAGUGCUGCCAUUUGGACCGGCGUCGUCUCUGGAUCUGUCCAGACAGGAGCAUCGGACGCUGACCAGGCUCUACAGCCAGAACGGAGGAUAUCACCUGAGGAUUUCAGCAGACGGAAGCGUGAGUGGUGGGAGGCAAGAAGAUGAUCCUUAUGAAAUCCUCAGACUUAAGGCCGUCAGUGUCGGCGUGGUCGUCAUUAAGGGUGAGAAGGCGGAACGCUAUCUUGCUAUGAACAAUAAUGGACACCUGUAUGGAUCACCAGCGCUCACCGCCGAGUGCUUCUUCCUGGAGCGAUACGAAGAGAACCACUACAACACGUACCGCUCUCAGAAGUACGACUGGCACGUCGCGCUCAAGAGGGACGGACGACCCAAAGCGGGCCCAGACACCAGCCAGGGUCAGAAGGCCAUCUUUUUCCUGCCGAGGCCGGCGGCGGGUAACAUGUAACAUGUAACAUGUAACAAACAUGGACAUGGACUCAGUAUUAGUAAUAUUAUACUGUAUACACAGUAUAUAUUCACGUAAACAGGAUUAUGCGCUGAGUAUAUGAGAUGUACAGUAUUUGUCAUUCUUGAUAUUUACUUACAUUAACUAACAUUGAACAUCAAAGUUAAUAUAAGAUAAUGGAAGAGCUGCUCUUGAACACAGUUCCUGUUGUUUCUGUUAAAAACAGGAUCAAUUAAAUAAUUUAUAAUAUGCUGUAUAUAUUUGAUUUUGCCUCAUGUUGUAAUUAUUAUUUUUUCUUAUAUGUACAGAGUGAUAACACAUAUUUUCACAAGAAUAACACAUUGUUUUUCAAUGAUUUUAAAUUAAAAAAUACAUGUUUGUGUGUU